AUGCCGUCCGAGUCUCGCAUUGAGAAUCCCUUCUUUCACCCUUUUCUUUUUCUGUUCCAGAUAUUCCAAUGGUUCGCUGAUAAGAUUUUCUCGCCCACUCCUCCCGAACCGAGCACGCGUUUGAGCCGCCCCAAGGUUGCUGUAAUUGGAGCUGGUAUCACCGGUGUUACCUCUGCAGCGCAUUGUAUCGGCCAUGGCUUUGAUGUCGUCAUAUUCGAGGCUGGUGGCCGUGAAAACUUGGGAGGCAUCUGGAGCAAAGUGAACAACUCGUCCAGCCUUCAGAUUCACUCUAUGAUGUUUCGUUUCCAUCCGUCUGUUAAGUGGGAGCGUGGUUACCCCGACAGGCAACAGAUCCUUAGCCAAGUUAAACAGCUCUGGCAUAAAUACGGACUGGAGACUCGCACCAAGUUUAAUACGCCCGUAGAGAAGGUCUACCAAGAUGAAAAGGGUCGCUGGGUCGUCAACAAUACUGCCAAUGGCCACUUUGAAGGUGUCAUUGCUGCAGUCGGCACCUGUGGCGAGCCUAAGAUGCCCCAAAUUCCUGGCAUCGAAAAGUUCAAGGGCAACGUCUAUCACUCUAGCCAGCUCACUGGAAAGAACGCCAAAGGAAAGAGAAUGGUCGUUAUUGGUGGCGGUGCAAGCGCCGUCGAGGCCUUGGAGUUUGCCGUGGACGAGGAAGCCGAGAAGACGUCAAUUCUGUCCCGCAGUGACAAGUGGAUCAUUCCCCGUAACCCCAUCGUAAACAUACUGCUCUCCUUGAACAUCCUUGGCCAGGAAACAAAACUCUCUUGGAUCCCUGAGACUCUUCUCCGGAAGUUUUUCUAUCGUGACUUGGCUGAGAUCGCCCCGUACAGCAAGGGCAUCUACAUGGACACGCCAAUGGUAAACAGCCAUGUCAUGGAUACCAUCCGAUCUGGCCAAGCUGAGUGGAUUCGUGGCGACAUUGAGGACUUCACUGCCGAUGGCGUUAUUGUCAACAGGCGGGCCCAGGGUGUACCUAAAGGCGGCCCGGGCCGCAGGGAGGUUAUCCCCGCAGACAUGAUCGUUAUGGCGACUGGCUACAAGCGCCCCUCGCUCGACUUCCUACCCGAAGACUGCUUUACUGAGCCGUACACUCCGCCUAACUGGUACAUCCAGACGUUCCCGCCUAACCAUCCCUCUAUUUCUGCAAUUAAUUGCACCUAUGUCGCUGCCAUUGGUACCGUUGGUAACUGGCACAUUGGUAUCUACACUAGGAUUCUCCUCAUGUUCCUUAUCGACCCCCUGGCUAGGCCGCACCCAUUCUGGAUGAAAUCAUGGAUCGAGAUGACGAAGCUCCUAAAGCAUUACUCUCCCACUGGGGCUUUCGAUUUCUUCACUUACCUUGAGCUUCUCUGGUGGUUCGCCUUCAGCGUCACCUUCAACCCUUUCCGAUGGAAGUGGGCUUUCUUCGUCUUCUUUGGUCUGGGCUUUAUGCUUCCGAAGCGAGUGGUUGAGAUUGAGGCUCGUAUCCGAAACGGCAUGGGCUUCCACGAGGAUGUUGGGCGAGACAUCGGCCAUAGCAUUUAA